GUAGAUGAUGCACACCACCCCUGUGGCUACCAGGACUCCCCACAGGUCCAGGCCGGUAACUUGAGUGCUGGCAUCAACUACGGGGUGGUGACGGUGACGGUGAUGACGAUGACAAUGGCCAUGUCUGCGUUCCUCAGUGCCGUGAUGUUCUUGCUCCUGCGCUCGGCCAUGCCCUCCUGCGUCCCCACAGAGUACACGCUGUACGUGGAGAAGCCAGGCUGUGACUACUGCGUGGCCAUCAACACCACCAUCUGCACAGGCUUCUGCUUUUCCAGGGACAGUAACGUGAAGGAGUUGGUGGGCCCACGCUUCGUGCUCCAGACGGGCUGUGCCUACCAGGAGCUGGAGUACCGCACGGCCCAGCUGCCGGGCUGCGGGCCCCAGGAGGACCCCCUCUUCACCUACCCCGUGGCCCUCAGCUGCCACUGCGGCACCUGCAGGCCCCACAGCGACGAGUGCAGCACCCACCACGGCCACAGCGGCGGCAGGUGGGGGGGCAGCCAGUGCUCCAAGCCCCUCUGGCCCUUCUACCUCGAGCCCUCUUACCCCCAGCAGGAUAACUACAUCCAGUAUGACUAACGGAAAGGAAGGAGAGAGAGAGAGACAGGAUGAGGAAGGAAGAGAGUGAUAGAGAGGGUAGGGGGUGAAAGAGAGAGACUAAGAUACAUCAAAAAAGAGAGAAAGAGAGAAAGAGCAACAGGCUGAAACAAAUGGGGAAUACAUGUAGUGUUGUGUGUGCAUGCGUCUGUGUCUAUGUGUGUGUAUGUGCGUGUGCAUGUGUUUGUGUGUGUGUGUGCGCGUGCAUAUGUGAGUGCGUACGUAUGUCUGUGUCUAUGUGUGUGUGUGUGUGUUUGUAUGUGUGUGAAUGCAGGUUUAUUUCAUGUUGAGCUUCAAGCUGAUAGCGCGGUACCUGAUGAACAGUGUGUUCUGGCCUAUGCGCGAUACACCACGGUCGGACGAGCGGAUUUGUUCCUCAUUGAAGAAGAAAAAACAGUACCCAGUGUAGCCUCUGUGUGCCCGCCUGGCAUGCACAGAAUGCCUUGUCUGGGUCAGUUGUUUGUUGUGUGUGGACGCGCCAGUGGUCAUUGUGCCCGUGCCGCCAGCCGACUCCCCCACAACCAGCCCCCCCACCCCAUACAGGGCAUUCACGUGUCACAUUGUUUUAGAUCUAUUAUUAGGAGGGAUUGACCCGUAGU